UUCCCAAUGUCGUAUUAAAAUUUGUCUACGACGUUUUAACAAUGGAUGUAUGAAUGAAUGAGUAUAUUUGCAUUAUACAAUACAGAGAAUACAAGAAUACAAACAAUAGAUAGCGUUUGUUUAAAAAUAAUAAGACGCCGAAAUACUGAACACGGUUAAAUAGAUGUGUUUUUGAAUUUACACGGUACUUAAGCAUAACAGCAUAGUGCCGAUAACAUGAUUGUUAUGUCCAUGGUACUGUUCAUGUCUAUAGACAACGGUUACCACUUUCCAUCAGGUGGGACGUCAGCUUGUUUGCCAUUUUCUAAAAAUAAAAACUGCCAGUUUCACCAGAUUAACUUACGAGGGAUAGGCAGUAGCGUCUCUCUUAACACACCAAGGGUCGGAGUUGAGCUUUACAGAGAUACGAGCGUUGAAUAUUGAAUGUCUUUAUUCACCAUUUGCUUGUAAUAUAUUAGCAUUUCGUAUGUUUAAUUCAAACACUAAGGUACAAUAAUAUGACGUUUGUUUGAGACAGCAAACGGCGGUACUGCUCACACAUCCUCCGUAAGUUGAAGCUCGAGAGCGCGCGCGGCCUGCACAUGUAAAUAUAACCGAGCUCUGUGAGAGCGCGUCCCUCAUAGAUCUAGUCUCCGCGCCGCAGACGGUCGUGUUUCACUUGCUGUUGAUAUCCAAGAUGAAUUCCGGCUGGUUGGCGUGGGAGUGUAUAGUUUUUGCGGUGUUUAUAUGUGCAUCAUCAUGUUUGCCGCUGUGGAAGAGACGGAAGGACACCAAGGAAGCCGGCGGGAACGCUAAGCAAGCGUACAUUUUUGCUGGCGGCGGCGUAUCGCUGCUGGCAAUGAUAUUGUCCGUCGCGAGAGGAACACUGGGGGUGCGGUCGUUUUUGGGCUUUCCAUCGGAGCUGGUGUACCGAGGGUCUGCCAUGUGGGAGACGCUGUAUGGCAUCGUGCUGGCGUUCCCUCUCGUGUGUUUCCUCUUCGUUCCUGUCUAUUAUAGACUCCAUACUAAUUCCGUUUACGAGUAUUUACAGAUGCGUUUCAAUUCAAUAUGGGUGAGGAGGCUCGCUGCCGCCACCUUCGUGGUGCGACAGAUCCUCAACCUGUCGGUGACGGUGUAUACCCCUACCGUGGCACUGCACGCGGUACUCGCCCUCCCGCAUUGGGGCUCAGCGGCCAUGUUGACCGCAGUCGCUAUUGUGUUCAACCUGCUGGGAGGAUUGGCAGCUGCUAUCAGAGCUGACGUGAUACAAACAACAACAAUGAUUCUAGUGAGCGCCGCGUUCAUAAUACAAGGAACUGUUCGCGCUGGCGGACCACAGAAUGUAGUACAAGGCAAUAUAGCGGGGGGCAGGCUCCAGUUUUUCAAGUUCACUGGAGACCCGACAGUGCGUGUUGACACCCUCUCAGCGUUCAUUGGCCAAUUAUUCAUGUCUCUAUCCAUAUAUGGAUGUCAACAGACCUUCGUCCAAAGAUACUGCUCCUUAUCCAAUGAGUCCAAAGUGAGGAGGAUGCUCCUAGCCAACGUGCCAGCAGUCAGCGUGUUAUUCAGUUUAUCCUGGAUCGUUGGGAUGGUACUGUACUCUGUGUACCAGUACUGUGAUCCUUUUGCGUCUGGGAGCAUCGCGGCGCCGGACGAAGUCCUGCCUUAUUAUGUCGAAGACCAGUUCUCUUUCUUGCCCGGUAUGCUGGGUCUAUUUCUGGGCAGUCUUUUCAACGGUGCACUGAGUUUCUUGGUUUCCAAUGUAAACUCAUUGGCAACUGUGACGUGGGAGGACUUCGUAUCCGCCGCUCCGGCUUUCAAGGGCACCACUGAUAAACAGCAACUGACUGUCAUCAAGAUCAUUGGAGUUGUUUAUGCAAUACUCAUCAUGUGCCUCUCGCUCUGCGUCGGAAUAGUGGGGGGCGUUGUGGAAGGGUCACUGCUUGUGACAUCUGCAACCUCUGGGGCCCUUCUGGGGGUGUUCAUACUGGCCACCAUAUGCCCAAUGGCUAACGGGAAAGGAGCUACCAUUGGCAUGCUGGCAUCGCAUUUUAUCACCACCUGGAUGGCAGCUGGCCGGCUGAUGUAUGUGGACAAAAGUGUAGCGAUGCUGCCUUUAUCCGUAGAGAACUGUCCAAAUUCAACUAAAAGCUUGUACAAUGUCAAACCUCUACCUAUUGGAGUGAACGAGACACUAUUGCAACUGGCACCGCUGUUCCAAGCCAUGAAUCACAGCCAUCCUGUCAAGAAACCGGCCGAGUCUGUGAUAACCUCCGGUUUACACACAAUGUAUUCAAUUUCCUACAUGUGGUACGCGGUGAUUGGAACAAUCACAUGUGUGACACUUGGUGUUAUAAUCAGUCUAAUCACGGCCAAAGACACAGAUAUGUACGACGAGCGACUUCUACAUCCGCUAAUUGCUAAAUUAUCAAGAAAAUGGCCUGGACGCAAACGUCAGUACACUAGUGACAAAGCAGAGAAGGUUCCAGAACAGAAAGACACAUCGGAGCAAACUGAAGAGACUGUGGUUGAAAGUGUGCAGGAAAUCAACGAAGUGAAGCCCACUCCGGUGAAUGUAAACAAUAGUAGACUAUUCGACGCGUACGAGACUAGAACUCCGUCCCCGCUCCCGGAACGGACCAAAUUGUGAUGUAGAAUUGUUUUUGACAAUUAAUUUGCCAUUGCCAUGUUUAGGCUGUGUAUAUUUUAGGUGUUCUAGAUGUAAUGUUAAUGAAGUUUUUUUUUUAGUAAAGUGCCAUUGGUUUAUGUGGAAAUAAACCAACCAUAAUCAUAAACCACGCAAAGUAAAAGUUAAACCAUGCAAUGCGAAAGUCUAAAAGUUAAAAGCGAUAUUAAUGGGUCAAAGUAAGAAAGUGUUUACCUGAACUUGGUGUUAUCUUGCCGAAGUUCAUAGUACUGGUUAUUUUAUUAGAAUUACUUUGUUUAAUUUUGCUAACUUUAGUAUGUGUGUAAUUGCCAACAUUUAAAGAUUUACCACCACUAUUACUACCAGAAGUUUCACAAUUUUCCGUAUUAGCAAUUAACCUCCGACUGCUAUUUUAUUCACGCAUAUUUUGCGUCACGUGUUUCACCUCUAAACGAGGCAUCUUCAGGCAUAUUAUUAGAAACUGCUGGAAGCCUUGUCCGGCCCUUCUGCGAAAGUGUUAACUUUUCCGCACCCAAAAUGCAAAAGUUUUUUUGCAGAAAUUUCCAAGUGGUAAUCGGAGAUUGCCAUGUAAUCCCGGUAUAGAAUAGGCCACCCCUUCUAUUUUCGUGGGUGUCGUAAGAAUCGUCUAAGAGAGGGCGAGUGAUGGAUAGCAACGUUUCUCUUAAAAAAUCUCUAAAGCCUAACUGCGGUUGUCAAUCGGCCUGCCAAAUGUGGCAACUACUGGCAAACCCCCAAAGAGGAGGCUUAUGUUCACCAGUGGAUAGUUGAAGGCUGAUAUGAUGAUGAUGAAUCGGAGAUUCAUAUUUUUGUACAAUAUCUUUUGUUUUAUUUUUUAUAACUAUGUAAUUUCAUUUGAUUGCAUGAAUUCAGUUGUUAAUUUACAUGUGUCAUAAAUGACACAAAUAAAGUGUUUAUCUAUUUAUUUAUCUAUUUUAAUGGCUAAUAUGGAAUGUUGUGAAACUUCUAGUGUUCAAUCUUUCAGUGUUGGCAGUCACACACAUACUAACGGUAGUGGAAUUAAACAAAAUAAUUCUAAUCAAAUAACUAUAGUAAGAAAAGUCCGAGCGUCGUGAUUGUUAAUUUUCUUAAUGGGCAUUUAUUGAAGCGAUAACUCGAAAAUCAAAACAAAAUUUAUCUCAAUGAUACUCGUAUUAAAUGCUCCUUGAUUUUUUUUAUUCUACUGUAGUUUGUGAAAGUUAUUUGUUAAAAAACAACUCGGCAUAGGUUAGAAAGUGCGGAUUUAAAUUUCGUUCGCUUUGAAAUUUAUUUGAUUGCUCAAUAGUUAUGAGUUUCAUGUUUUAAUUUUUCAAAAUUUUUAUUAUAAUUCACCAUUUUGAAAUGCACACAACUAUAGAUGGGUAAUAUCCGAUAUCUAGCCCAUUGCGAUAUCGAUCAUACUAGUUGGACAUCUAUAUUCAUUAUGAGCGGGUUCUUUUUUUCCAUAUUAUAUAUUGGAUAUUUUUUUUAUACAACAUAGAACGGCAAACAAGCUGACGGCCCACCUGAUGGAAAGUGGUAACCAUCGCCUAUAGACAUGAGCAGUACCAUGGACAUAACAGAGUAUAAUGUUUCGCCCAUGAUACCCCCCAUGCGUUGCCAUUCCUGAGGACUCAGGUGUUAUUCCUCUGUACCCUGUAAAUUCACGCCAUAUCCCACCCUUCAAACCGGAACACAGCCAUGCAAACACAACUGCUUCACGGUUAAAACACGAAUGGGACAGAGGUACCCAAGCAAUCGACUUUUGUACAAAGUCUCCCUCUGGUUAUUGUGUUAUUGGGGCAAUAUAUGUAUAGAUAUUGUCAUUAUAAUAUAUAGGUAUUACUAUACAUUACCCACCUUUAUAUACAAUGAUUAUUUUAAUUUCACACAACAGGUGUUUAAAUGGAACUGACAUAUGUAAUUAUUUUAUUAUAUAUGUAUAUUUUUAUAAAAAAAAAAAUGUUUUAAAUAGCCUCACAUUUUCGUUGCCGUAUGUAAAAUUAUGAUAUUAUUAAAUCGUUAAAUAUAUUAAAACGAAUAUCUUCAGAUGUAUAGGUAAUAUAUAGUCAGUUGUUAUGCUCGGAUAAUCUUAGCGUUCAAAUGAGAUUUACUGUCUAACAAUACAAUGUAAAUCUAAGUACACAAAAUGAUUAAAAAUUCUAAUUGACAGUUAGGAGACUUUUGUUUUAUAUUUCAUAAUUGUAAUUUGUUAAAUAUUUCAAAAUAUAAAAAAAAAAAUUAGUAAUAUAAAAUGUUCUAUUUAAGCAAAUGUAUUGAAAAAAUAAAUAUAAUAUAUUUUUUGCUAAUAAACACUUUAUUAUGAUAUUAGAAAUAUUGUAGUGGCACGUGGUUUAAAUGGCAUGUAAGCUGACUUACAUUAGGUGCUUUUUAUGUAUAUAAUAUAAUGUAUUACAUGUGAUGUCGAAUUACAUUGGUACGUAGGUGGCCUUAUGCGUUUAUAAAUAAAGACUUAUGCCGUUAGUCUUAGGCCAAUAGGCUAAGUUAUUUAUUAAAUAGGCCAUAAAGGCUUAUAUCGUUCCUAAAUAAAGUAAAUAAUUAUUUUUCGUUACUUGUUUAUAUGGAUACAUUCUAUAAGUGAUAUUGUUUGAUAAUGUAUGUACUAUUUAUUUAUUUAACUCUUUAUUGCACCAUAAACAAAAAUAUACAAUGCCAAGUGAAUAAUUUAAGUGAAAUACAGUAACAUAAAUACAGAUUGAAAUAUACACAUAAGAGUACAAAAGGCGGUCUUAUCGCUAGGGCAAUCUAUUACAGACAACCUUUGAACUAUUUUACAGUUUAAAAAAAAUAGUAGUAGUAAAUAUAUAAUGAGAUGAUUAUGCAAAUAAAAUGAGAGACACUCUCAACUGUAUAUUUCGAAUGUGUAAAAUAAUGUCAGUAAUAUGGUUUUACACAUUUGAUAUUGGUAGACUUAAUGUAAAUACUACUUAUAUAAUGUAAUUAUACAAAUUAAUAAUUAAUAUAAAAUCUUAUUUGAAUUUUCAUCAUAGUUUUCUUAGGAUAUUCUGUAUAAUGAACUGAUUGAAUAAACAUCACAAUCGUAUGUUCGUUUACAUUAAUUGCUACUUUAGUGUAAAAUAUUUAUUUAAAGAAUAUUUUAUUUUUAAUGUAAAAAUGUAAAUAUAUUUUUUUUUAUAAAAUAAUAUUUUAAAAAUGAUAUUAAUAUUAUUUAUUAUACAACAAAGUUUAUUUAGAGACAAAAAAAGGUGGAUAGAUCUCAUCUUUUAAGUUUGUAAAAACCACAAAUCAGGACAAUAUCUUUGUUAUUCGAUAAUAUUAAAUUCAUGAAUAAAUAUAUUUACUGUAUUAUAAUAAAUAAUAUAUGUAUUACUUAAUUAUUAUCAUGUAUAUAAAUUAUUGUUUGAAGUCAUACCUUAUAUAGUUAUAUUUUAUUCCUCCUUAUAUAUAUUAAUUGUAGUAUAUUUGUCUGUCGUAGUAUAUAAUUAUAUUAUUUUAUAUUUAUUUUCACGCCCUCUAUAAUAGUAAAGAUAAAAAUUUAUUUGAUUUAAAAUCAAAUAUGAGAUUAAUGAAAAGACAAAAUUAAAACAUUACUUAAAAAUAAAUAAUACACGUUUGAAAUAAGGACUUAAUAAAUCAAUAAUUAAAUUUUAAAUAUAAAGUUAUGGAUUUUAUUGCGAUUUUUUAUUAUUAAUCAUUAAUUUUGUCAUUAUUUAGUUUUGUUAUUGAAAAAUCACUGAUGAACAAUGUAAUUGCAUUUUAGGCGCCAAAUGGAUAUGAGAACUUUUAAUUUACAUUUUCAAAAAAAUUUAAUUAUUUGGUGCCUGAAGAUCUUUUAUAGAUUAGUGUUGGUGCUACACAAUUUUUUUUUGUAAAUGUUUAUUAAAAUAAUGUACAUAUACUAUAUGUAAUAUGUACUAUAUAUAUUACAUUACAUUACAUUACACUGCAUUACAUUACGCUACGACUACAUUACAUUCUUCUUUAGUUUUCAUCUCUCGUGUGCCUUUAUGAAGUCAUUGUGAUGAUUGUCAGUAUUAAGUACUUUUGUAAAGUCGAAGAGCGAGUACGAUGUACUUAUUUAUUUUGUAAAGAUUUAUGUAAGAUUAAUAAAUAUUAAAAGAUAACCAAAUAAAUUAUAUUAUUAAAACA